AUGCUGGCAGAGGUGGGCUUCGCCGCCGACGUGGUGGAGCGCGCGCAGAUCUACGCCGUGGCCUCGCACAACCGGUCUCUGCUGAGGCUACACAUCGCUGGCAGCAGCGGCGCGAUGCAGCUGAGCAGCGAGGUGGUGCUGCCAGGCGGCCGGGGCGCCGACGGCCCCCUCGGCGCGGCGUCGGCGCUGGACCCGUCGCUGUGCGCCUGGGCGCGCGGCAGCGUGCUGCUGGCGGACGGCUGCGCGCUGCGGCAGGUGGACGUGCAGGGUGGCCGAGUGCGGACGCUCGUCGGGAUGCCGGACCAGUGCGCAGCUGUUCAGCCGAGCGGUGGCUUCCAGCCCCGUCAGGGUGGUAGCGGUAACGAGCCAGAGGAGAGGCUGGAGCCCGUCGCGUGGGCUUCGGUGUUGUCAAGGCCGCUGGCCCUGGCAGGCCCCGCGGAGGCCACCGCCGGCGGCGCUCCCGCGCUGCUUCUCACCGGCGCCGAGGUGGUGCAGGUUGACAUUCGGCCAAGCCCUUGCGAAGGCCUGGCGUCUGGGGCGUGCGAGGAGGCCCACGGCUGCGGCUGGGCCGCGGGCCCCGGAGCCGCGGGCGCUUGCCUGGACUGCGGCGGCCUGGAGAGGACGCCAAUUCUGAACUUGCGCCGACUGGCCAAGCCCACUGUCCAGUGCCUAUGA